CACAAGGUACCGUUUGAGCAAAAAGUGAGCAAAGUGAUGCUAGAACCAGCUGAAACGGGCAGACAGCCAACGAACACCCGAUUGUAGGCUCGUACCGUUAAAGCCUACAAACGGUAUAAUGUGGAUCGCGCGCGUGCGCAGGAAAAGUGAACUGGCCAGCUGGCAACCAAAAGUUUGUUUAUCAACACGGCAAAGGAGCAGCAGUGGAGACAAAUAGCUCAGGGGCCAGAAAUGGAUGCGUAUCUUAAUACCAACAUAAGGCUACGUAUCACCGAGCAGUCUAAGCGAAUAGGUGACAGCAAGGUGGCGCAACUUGUCAAGAGUUACAACUGGCGAAAGAAUAAGUCUGCUACCGCAUUCUUAGUGGUUGUUGGUUUAGUACUCGUGUUGUUAUCGUGGCGUCCCUCCGUGUCACAGUUGUUUACAGAUGAUAGGUCUUUUGAUGUGACCAAAGGGUGGUAUAACAAUAACUAUGACAAUGUUGCUCGAAGUCAUUCAGGUCUUAAUUCGAAAUGCAUCGAUUUCUUUACAACAGCGGAUGGCUCUAUCAAUGCUGGCGGUAGUUUAUCGUCAGAGAUGACCAUUUCUGAUAUCAGGGUCUUUAUGGAGUGCUUUGUGACCAAUCCUCAUAGUGCCAAAGGUGACUUUUUGGCUGUGGCGAAGGAGAUCAAGCGUACAAUGUUGCAGUGGUCGACAGAUUCUUUGCCUGUUUACAAGAAGUUAGGGAAGAAGUUCCCAGAGGCCUCAAUUCCCUCUAUAAGAUCGGGUGCAAAGAUUUCCAGCAACCCAUGGCAGUCUACUCUCUACACGUUGUACCACUCUUUUAACGGUAAGGGAAUUGUGAUUCCUAUCAAAUCUCAGAGUGAUGUGCAGGACGUUGUUAAGAUGGCCAAAGUUUUGAGAGCUCUGAAGGUCAAGUAUCCAGUGCAAAUUGUCUAUGCGGAGAGUCUCGAUUCACAAGAUGAGGUCGACUUGCGCAAUGCCUUUAUGUCAAAUAUAGAGCCUUUAGAAGGAAGCACCAUUCGGGACUUUCCUCCAAUUAAAGAUGUCUGGACGGUUGAUAUCGGAAAUAUGGUUAGAGACCCUCUUAAGGGUGCUAUGAACAACGACGACGGUAAGCUUUGGUAUUUGGCUGCAAUCGCAUUCUCAUCGUUCGAAGAUGUGAUACUCUUAGAUAAAUCUGUGGUGCCAAUGUCCAAAAAACUGUUUAAAAAGCUCGAAUCCAGAGAGUACCGCUCAACAGGGUCCUACUUCUUCCCAAGCUUGAGACUGGAUAAAGAAGUGGAGGUUCUUGAGUUCAACGCACUCGAGAAAUGGUUCCCAUCAGGACAAGACAGUAGAAUAUUUGGAAUGAAUAGAGUUGGUAAUGCGGUUUUGAACAGCACAAGAAUCUUUGGUGAGAGAAGAGCCCAAGAGGUUGCAUCUGAUGUCAUCAUGCUGAACAAGAAGAAGCACUUUACCGGAUUGGUAAUAGCGAUGACGCUCAUAUCGAAGGGCUCGAGUAAGACGUUACAAGAUGACAUGGUAUGGAUAGGAUCGUUGGUUGACGGUUCGACAUCUUCCUUGUACAAGCAUCCGAUACCCGCUGGAAUUGUUGGCUCAUUCACAAAAAACAUCAACAGGAAAACCCACAAGCCUAGAGCUAAGGAGAUCUGUUCAAGACACCGUAUACAUUUCGACUCUUUAGAAGAGAACGGCAAGGAGAACGUUCUGUUCAUUACAAAUGGUGUGAGGAAUUGCGAUGUAAAGAGAAGAAAACUUGGGAAGGAUAUUAACAUGAAGUACUACACUUCUUUCAACAAAGAUGAGCGCAAAUUGGAAGAACACUUCCAGUCCCGUAUCGACUUCAACGCAUCCAUCAUUCCCUUAAGGCAGGAAAUCAAAGUGGAAAGCAGUAUACUCGAGUCCCCAUCUUCUCUUGUGAAAGCUAAGAUGUGCAACAAGAGCUUUUGGUGCGCUUAUGAUUCGGCUGGGGGUAGCCUGGAGGACGAGUUCCGCUCUGAUGUUAUAUACUUCUCUGAGGAAGAGGCUAAAAGGCUUGAGGACAUUGCUGAUCUACUUAUGUAAGCUAUUUUGUAAUUCUAUGAUUUGUUGUAUGACAUACUGUCACUACUGCGGUAUGAAUCUGUGGUGUCUUAUC